GUGUGUAGUGCAGUGUGUAGUGCACUGUGUAGGAGGCGUGCAGUGAUUGGGGACGCAGCCCGGCGCGUGUGUGUCUCUGCACUGCAGGCCGGCGGUGCUGCGGGUGGAGGUGGCUGUGGCUGAGCUCGGCGCUCUGAUGGCGACUCCCAGCGCGAACAGCAGCUCCGCGACACCGCCCUCCGCCCUCAGCAGCGGCCCCCGCGCCGCCUCCCCACAGCACCACCACUGCCAGCACAUCACCACCAUGAGCAGCAUGCAAGCAGGAUUUCAGUUUAACCUGUCAGGAGCUGCCCAAAGUAAACGUAAAGUACUGAAGUUAGAUUUUGCCAAUCCGUCAAUCAAAUCAGCCACCAGAUUCAACCUCAGCACUGCGGGACCGCCCUUCCAGAACCCUCACAUAGAACGUUUGCGCACACACAGUAUUGAAUCAUCAGGAAAGUUAAAGAUUUCUCCAGAGCAGCACUGUGACUUCACUGCGGAGGACCUGAAGGACCUGGGGGAGAUUGGCCGAGGAGCAUACGGCUCCGUCAACAAGAUGGCGUACAAACCUAGCGGACAGAUCAUGGCUGUAAAGAGGAUCAGGUCGACGGUGGAUGAGAAGGAGCAGAAGCAGUUGCUGAUGGAUCUGGACGUGGUGAUGAGGAGCAGUGACUGUCCCUACAUUGUCCAGUUCUACGGAGCGCUUUUCAGAGAGGGCGACUGUUGGAUAUGUAUGGAACUCAUGUCUACCUCUCUCGACAAAUUCUAUAAAUAUGUCUAUUCCACGUUGGAGGAUGUGAUCCCUGAGGAGAUCUUGGGCAAAAUUACACUCGCUACUGUGAAAGCACUUAACCACUUAAAGGAAAACUUGAAAAUAAUUCACAGAGACAUUAAGCCGUCGAACAUCCUGUUGGACAGGAGCGGGAACAUUAAGCUGUGUGAUUUCGGGAUCAGCGGACAGCUCGUCGACUCCAUCGCCAAGACCCGAGACGCAGGCUGCAGGCCGUACAUGGCACCGGAGAGAAUAGACCCCAGUGCUUCCCGACAGGGUUAUGAUGUACGCUCAGAUGUUUGGAGUUUGGGAAUCACACUGUACGAGUUGGCGACGGGUCGGUUUCCGUACCCGAAGUGGAACAGUGUGUUUGAUCAGCUCACACAGGUGGUGAAAGGAGAUCCUCCACAACUCAGCAACUCUGAGGAGAGACAGUUCUCCCCCAAAUUCAUCAACUUCGUCAACCUGUGCCUUACAAAGGACGAGUCGAAAAGGCCAAAGUACCGAGAGCUCCUGAAACACCCGUUCAUCCUGAUGUACGAGGAGCGCACUGUGGACGUGGCCAGCUAUGUGUGCAGGAUCCUGGACCAGAUGCCGGCGUCCCCCAGCUCCCCCAUGAACAUGGACUAAACACACACGCACGCAAACGCACGCUGAGCCAAGUUUCGCUUCGUCACAGAACCCUGCAGUGUUCCUUAGAAACGCAGAGGCGCCCAGAGCAGCGAGACGGCUGUCCUCGAUCACACAUACUGUCUGUCUGUCUGUCUGUCUGUCUGUCUGUCUGUCUGUCUGUCUGUCUGUCUUGUGUCUCACCUGUCAGCACGCACCUCUGCUGAUGUGUGGUCUCCACACGUACUGUACAUACACCCUGCCCCUGUGUGUGUGUGUGUGUGUGUGUGUGUGUGUGUGUGUGUGUGUGUGUGUGUGCGCGCUGAGGGGGUUUGUAUAGCAGCCGUACUGAAGCUCUGCUCCUGCUGGUCUGUCUGUUCUCUGCCUGAUGAUGGCUCAGUCCCAAAUGCCUUGCUCCAUACACAAGUGCACUGUAUAGGGUGAUUAAUAACGUCUCCUGCACCCUGUGUAGUGCACUGUUUUGGUUUAUUUGGGAUUCGGCCCAUGAUUGUGUCCUUACUGUAUAAUGAUCCAUGUUCUGAUAUAUAAAAUAAAUAAACUGGAAAUGGA